GCCGGCGCGUACGAAUCGGGGCGUGAGGCGUCAGGGACGCGCGGGCACCUCAUCCUUCCCACCUUCCUACACUGUUGCUACUUUUCGCUGUGAGACAUUCCAGCUUCUCUUCCCCUUCCGUGAGUCCCUCCUUCCCUCUCCUCAGAGACCCCGCUCGCCCCACAGGCGGCCGCCGCCGCAGCUCUCGCGCCCCCGAGUGAACAGUGCGCGUGCGCGCGCGCGGACGCGCGGCCGUCGGGUCCCCGCGCUCCCUCCCCCUCCCGCUCCUCUAUAACUUGGUUGGCGUGAAGGAGGCGCCGCCGGAGUCGGAGGGCGGGGAGCUCGGAGGAGGGAGCUCGAGAGUUGUGGAGUCUAGUGACUGGAAGAAGUCGCAGCCUGCUUUGGUCGGCUCCUUCCCGCUCCCCGUCUUUCUCUCUUACACACCUACUCCGCCUCCUGCCCCAGCCCGCGACCUCGCUCCUUCUCUCGCCCGGGGGCCCCAGCCGGUCGCUCUUCGGGUUUCGGCGCGGCGGGGGCGCCCACGGGGUGCCCUCGCCCUCCGGGUGCGUGUGGACGGGCGGCGGGCGGGAUGUGGCGCCUGGUGCCCCCGAAGCUGGGCCGCCUGUCCCGCUCGCUGAAGCUGGCGGCGCUGGGCAGCCUGUUGGUGCUGAUGGUGCUGCACUCGCCGUCGCUGCUCGCCUCCUGGCAGCGCAACGAGCUGGCCGACCGGCGCUUCCUGCAGCUCAAUAAGUGCCCGGCGUGCUUCGGCACGAGCUGGUGCCGCCGCUUCCUCAACGGACAGGUGGUGUUCGAGGCGUGGGGCCGCUUGCGCCUGCUGGACUUCCUCAACGUGAAGAACGUCUACUUCGCGCAGUACGGCGAGCCCCGCGAGGGCGGCCGCCGCCGAGUGGUGCUCAAGCGCCUCGGCUCGCAGCGCGAGCUGGCGCAGCUCGACCAGAGCAUCUGCAAACGGGCCACCGGCCGACCCCGCUGCGACCUGCUCCAGGCCAUGCCCCGCACCGAGUUCGCGCGCCUCAACGGCGACGUGCGGCUGCUCACGCCGGAGGCGGUGGAGGGCUGGUCCGACCUGGUGCACUGCCCCUCGCAGCGCCUGCUCGAUCGCCUGGUGCGCCGCUACGCGGAGACCAAGGACUCGGGCAGCUUCCUGCUGCGCAACCUCAAGGACUCGGAGCGUAUGCAACUGCUGCUGACCCUGGCCUUCAACCCCGAGCCGCUGGUGCUACAGAGUUUUCCAUCUGAUGAAGGUUGGCCAUUUGCAAAAUAUCUUGGAGCUUGUGGAAGAAUGGUGGCUGUAAAUUACGUUGGAGAAGAACUGUGGAGUUACUUUAAUGCACCAUGGGAGAAACGAGUUGACCUCGCUUGGCAAUUGAUGGAAAUAGCUGAGCAGCUUACAAACAAUGACUUUGAAUUUGCACUCUACCUCCUGGACGUCAGCUUUGACAAUUUUGCAGUUGGUCCUAGAGAUGGGAAGGUAAUCAUUGUGGAUGCUGAAAAUGUUUUGGUUGCUGACAAAAGGUUAAUUAGACAAAAUAAACCUGAAAAUUGGGAUGUAUGGUAUGAAAGCAAAUUUGAUGACUGUGAUAAGGAGGCUUGCUUAUCAUUUUCGAAAGAAAUUCUUUGUGCUCGUGCGACUGUGGACCACAAUUAUUAUGCUGUUUGUCAGAACCUCUUAUCCAGACAUGCCACCUGGCGUGGCACUUCUGGAGGACUCCUUCAUGAUCCACCAAGUGAAAUUGCCAAAGAUGGCCGACUAGAGGCCUUGCUGGAUGAGUGUGCCAACCCAAAGAAACGCUAUGGCAGAUUCCAAGCUGCAAAAGAGCUGCGUGAAUAUCUAGCACAAUUAAGUAACAAUGUGAGGUAGUCUAUGCUGAACUUUCCUUUUUUCCAUUUAAAUAGCACUGGCUGAAACUAAACCACCAAAAACUAUAUGGCAAAAUGAAAUUUGGAAGUAAUACAUUCAGAAGAUGAUAAAGUUGCACUGAUAGAUCUUAUGUUAACAUCAAAAUAAGACAUUACUUCAAAAAUUACAUGACGCUUCUGCAAAUAAGUUUGUUCUUACACUUUGGAGACUUGAGCUAUCAUUGACUGCUUCGCUCCCCUGAAUGCCUGAGUGGAUUAAUGAAUAUCGUGAAGCUAUUGGAAAUGAGUCUGAUAGUUACUUUGGCUUGUGUAUCAAACGGUACUUGGUAUUUGACUUAGUUUGCAUUACUAUCAUGAUUUUGUGAAUCUCUUGCAUUUACUUUGAAUGUCAAGUUAGAUUGGCCUGUUUUAUAGGCCGCUUUUUCCUUCUGAUGUGUAGGUGUUCCCCACCCCCAUUUUUAUGUUUUUUAUUAAAUUUUACACAUUCAGGUUACUCUAGUUGUUUAUUUAAAUUUGAACUAGUUUUUGUUCAGUGCUAUGCGGUACACAUUUACUGUUAGGGCAAGAUUCCCAAGUUUACUGUUUUUUUCAGAGCUGAAUAUUUUAUUGUGUAAAUACUUUUCUCUCCACAUUCUGUGGUUUCACCAUUGCAUGAAAUCAUUUAAGAUUAUUUAACAGUUACAUCCCUCUAUGCCUAUAAGUGUACACUAAACAUGAAGUUUGGCAUAUGUUGCAAAAUGUCAUCUUGUCCUUUAAAAGGCUUUAAGAAGAGUAUGCUAGCAAUCUUCACCUUAACAUUAAUUUUGAUUGAGG